UCUUCAUCCAAAGUUACUGUUUGCCUUCCCCAGAAGGGCAUAUCUGCACUAGAUGCUCCAGGAAUGCCAUUCUAUGAUCCAGAAGCUACGUUGACACUAUUGGGUGAAUUAAAGACCCUUAUACAGAUAAAUGACAUCCGAGAGGUUAAGCUGCUUCCUUAUCACAUAAAUGAUCCUGAAUUUGCAAAUGCAUUGGUAGAUGCAUUCUUAGGUAUGGAUGUAAAGGCCUCUAGUAAGGCGCAACCUCAGCAAGAUGGGAAGAGAAAAAAAAUCCAGUUCAGGACAGAAAAGUUCAGAUAGUUCCAUUAUAUGGAGGCCUCCUGUCGAUUUUCCAGAUGCGAAACCAGAAACAUUGCAGAAGACGAGGUCAAUACUAAAUAAACUAAAACAGUACAUCACUGAGGGUAUUCCAGUUAUCGGAGCUGGUGCUGGCACAGGCAUAUCUGUAAAGUUCGAAGAAGCUGGUGGGGUUGAUCUUGUAGUGGUGUACAACUCUGGGCGGUUUCGAAUGGCUGGAAGGGGCUCACUGGCAGGCCUCUUGCCAUUUGCUGAUGCAAAUGCCAUUGUACUUGAGAUGGCCAAUGAAGUGUUGCCUGUGGUUAAAGGAGUUCCAGUUCUUGCUGGGGUUUGUGCUACUGAUCCGUUCCGUAGAAUGGAAUACUUUCUCAGGCAACUAGAAAAUGUUGGAUUUUGUGGUGUGCAAAACUUCCCGACAGUUGGUCUGUUUGAUGGGAAUUUUAGAAAGAACUUGGAGGAAACUGGAAUGGGCUACAGUCUGGAAGUGGAGAUGAUCUCAAGGGCACAUAACAUGGGUUUCCUUACUACUACAUAUGCUUUCAAUCCAGAAGAAGCUGCUGCCAUGGCCAAGGUGUGA